UCCAGUGAAUGACUGCAUGCCUCGGUGCAUUGACUCCGGGGGAGGUAGACUGGGUUUCUUUAGCUAUAUAACGGACGGUCAGUCGUUAGAGAGAUCGAAGAGUGUAGCAGGGGCAACGGCAACCCCCUUCAUCUGCCCAGAGCAGCUCCAGAGACGUCCAUGAGGUGGGAAUAAUGAAAGGAGACAGGAUUUUUGCUCUUUUCGCCCUGACGUGGCUUUUCUACGUGGGAUCACACGGCCAGGAGGAGGCCAGGCUUCAGUGCGAGGACCAAAGGGUGUUCAACAUCGUAGAUUUUGCCCUUUUAGAGCACAAUAAAGGCUUAACUGCUGGAGGUCAGCUGGCUCUGUAUCAAGUCCUGGAGGCUACAAAGGCCCAGAAUGAAACUGGUGAAAUCAUGUCAGUGCACUUCACAGUGAGGGAGUCCGACUGUCCAGCAGGGGGAGACAAAGUGUGGCACCAAUGUGACUACCUGCAGGACCACUCUAGGCCGUCCAGUAUCUGUCACACAAAAGUCCUGCUGAAAGAAACAAAUGAGCUCCUCUCACACGAGUGCUCAGUGGAGACGCCUAUAGUGCCUGACCCUCGUCCACCGUGUUUGGGCUGCCCCAUAGACAUCGACGUGCAGAGUGAGGACAUCAGGGAGUCUCUGAGUUAUUCUCUCUCCAAAGCCAACACGGCGCACAACCACACGCACUUCUUCAUCCUCAACACCAUCAGCUCAGCAACCAGGCAGGUGAUCGCCGGGUUCAGAUAUCGUCUCCAGUUCGACAUGCAGAAGAGCAACUGCAGCAAAUCAGAAUUCAAAGAAAUGACUGAGGAAUGUCACGCAGACGAGAACGAAAAGACUUUCAUCAACUGCAACUCCACUGUCGACGUCGCCCCCUGGAGGCACGAGAUGCCAGAGACGCAUGUGCAGUGUGCAUCGGGCCCGUUACCGGGAGCGAGGUUCGUGGUGAGGAGACGUCCUCCAGGCUGGUCUCCUUUGAGGAACAUCCACAACUUUAUGGUUGUGACUCCAACUAAGCCACCUAAGAAAGACGAAUCCUCAGAAGAAUCCCAGGAAAGCAAAGCGCCCACCGGCGCCCCCACAGCAGAAGACCAGAACCUAGCUCCGCCUACAGGCCCCCCGCCACCACCAAAGACCCCCCGCCCGGACACCCCAGCCACCCCCACGGCUUCCACCAGCUGCCCCAGCAAACCCUGGAAGGCGUUCAACCCCGUCAUCGCCAGCCCUCCACGUCCACGUCCACCUCCACCACCUCCCAAAAACAAAACAGAGGGAGGCCUCGUCGAUGCAGAUCUGUUAGCGUGAGUGUGUAACAAAGGCCUACGAUGCUCAGAUCUGAGACACGGAAUCUGUAGUUUUAUCUCCACGGUCUAUCGUCUAGCUUCAAAUUCCUUCUUCCGUUCUGGAAUACGGAAUAAAGUGUUGUUGUCAUGUCUGUGUACUUAUUGCGCAACAUUACAGUCAUGCAUGGUAUAUUAAUAAGCACUGCAGUAGUAAAAGGGCUUCUAUUUGCAUUAUGUUCUAAUUUCAUACAAAGUUUUUCAUUACAAAUGAUAUUAUCGGAAUACUACACUGUGUGAACAGCAGAAUCUUUCAAAUAUUUACAUAAACGUCAGAAUUUCUCGUGUCAUGGUCCCCCUUCUGCUUUAAUUACGGUGUGCACUUGAGCUCACAUGACUCUGAUCACAAGCAGCGACAAAAGAAAAGCAGAAAAGUAACCAAAAUCUAACAGUCUAACAGGGUAGGUGAACGUGGGUUCACUAUUUGGCAAACGACAGGUCACAGUUGCCCUUAAUUCAUGUGUUUCUGGUCAAUAACAUCAAUAAACUCAUUUUAAAUCAA